AUGACAAAAAAAUUUCGUCAACAAUCAAAUGUUCGAAUGAAUCAAAAUUAUAGAGAAGUUUUAAAACAACAAAUUCAACAGUAUAAACAUUUAUUUACUGCUCCUGUUCUUUUAAUUCUUCUUGGAUUACGACGUUUAAUCAUUUUGUUUGCAUCAAAAUGUAUGAAAUCAACAAAUGAUGCAUGGCUAUUUCUUAUUGGAUAUUCUAUUUCAUUUAUUCCACCUAUGCUUACAUUUGUUGUAUUUAUAUUACCAUCCAAGUUUUAUAAAGAACAAUUUUGUAAAACUAUCAUCAAUUAUCGAACUGCCAUAGAACGACGUUUGAAUUAUAGGAUUUAA